AUGCCGCAUUUCCGCUUCCCCUCGUCGUCCGACGACGAAAAAUUCCACCAAGAGACGGCUCGUCAGCGCCAUAAGCGUACCCAGCAGGCUCAGCUCAGCUCAAUACCUCUCGUCAGGUCCGUGGUACUCUGCAAGAGUCCUCACCUAGAGACAAUAGUCGACAAUCCCGUGGCCCUGAACAACAGGCCCAGUCCCUGCUUCGCCUCGUUCUUUGGCUACCGGGGCUCGUGGUGGGCAGCAUAA